AUGGCGGCGAUAUUCGAAUUCAAAAUGGUGGUUUUUGUUACUAUUUUUGUAUUUAUAUCCGGACACGACGCUCAUGUUUCUUCUGAGAAAGAUGAUUCUCCAGAGAUUGGUAUAUCACGACGAGACAAACAAGAAUGGCAAUACGAAGGCAUACCCAUUGAAUUCCCUAGAAGGUCUGGUGAUGCUGACACAACGGACUUUACUGUUACAAGUCCAUCAAUACAAACUACCUCAGUCUCCACGACGCUGAACUUAAGCAACCGUCGCAUUUACAACUCUGAUGGGAUAGCAACAAUAGAAGAGUUUCCAUUCAUGGCUGCGCUCUUGGUGAACAACCAGCUGUGGUGCGGGGGAGCCAUCCUCAGUGAAAACCGGGUGCUAACAGCCGCGCAUUGCUUACAGUUGCCGUUUGAGACCCGCUUCUUUCGCGAAUACAUUCAGAUGCUGACCGUUAGAGUGGGCUCCAAUAACGCAACAUCGGGAGGCGAAGUCCUACGCGUCAACAAGAUUAACUUUCACCCGAAGUAUAAGCCAGAAACUUUGGAAUACAACUUCGCUUUACUAGAACUUCACCGGAAUAUCUCAUUGGGUUAUAAAGAUUCAAAAGUUAAACAGAUCAAAUUUGCAUACGACAGAAUCAUACCGUUUAACAGUAAAGUAUUGUUCUUAGGAUGGGGAUCUGUUAUGGCUAGAGGAGGCUCCGGUGGCAAGGUUUUACUUCAGAAACUAAAACUACCUAUCUAUGAUUGGGAGUUGUGUCAAGAAAUAUAUGGCAAAGAAUUAGUAACACGGAAUAAUUUUUGUGCCGGUCGGAGGCAUGUGGCGAAAAAUAUCUGUAAUCACGACGGCGGUGGACCAGCCAUUAUGUACGGCUUCUUAGUGGGCAUACUGGCGUUUUCUUCUAAAGUCUGCGACAGUGUAGAUCAGCCCGCCGUCUUCUCGACCGUAGGGGUCGUUGCACUCUGGCUGGAGCAGCACGGGAUUAUUGGUGUCUCCUGAAUUGAAACAUAGUCACUGGUCCUUGUUUGUAGUUAAUGUAAUUUUAUCAAGUUGUCCUAGGAGCCGCUAAAUCCUGCUUAGGUCCACGGCAGCGCUAACAUACACGAGCGUAACUACUUAAUAUCACUAAUUGAGCCGUGUAGCACCUGUACGCUAUCGAUGUUAAUAAACAAAGAAAUACUUUGAAUAAAAUGUUUUUGUUCCUUAUAAUUGAAGUGAAACUACUUUA